UGAAAUAAAUGCCCGGCUUGAUGCUGUUUCUGAAAUUCUCCUGUCAGAAUCCAGUGUGUUUGAUCAGAUUCGAAAUCUUCUUUGUAAGCUACCAGACAUAGAGAGAGGCCUCUGCAGUGUUUUUCACAAAAAGUGCUCAACCCAAGAGUUCUUCUUGAUAGUCAGCACCUUGUCUCGCCUGCACUCGGAAAUUCAAGCUCUUGUUCCAGCCAUACAUUCUCAUGUGAAAACUCCUCUAUUACAAAAUGCACUGUUGGAAAUCCCAGAACUUCUCUCCCCAGUAAAACAUUAUUUAAAGAUCCUUAAUGAAGAAGCAGCCAAGACUGGAGACAAAACCCAGUUGUUCAAGGACCUUACCGACUUCCCUGUUAUCAGAAAGAAAAAGGAGGAGAUCCAGGAUGUGCUUUCUAAAAUCCAAUUGCAUCUGCCAGAUAUUCGUAAAGAGAUUAAGAAUCCUUCAGCAGAGUAUGUGACAGUUUCUGGACAAGAGUUUCUGAUUGAAGUCAAGAAUUCCCAUAAAUCAUCUGUGCCAUCUGACUGGGUCAUGAUUAGUAGCACAAAAGCUGUCAGCCGUUUCCACGCUCCUUUUAUUAUAGAAAAUUACAGACAUCUGAAUCAGCUCCGGGAGCAGCUAGUCCUUGACUGCAGUGCUGAAUGGCUAAACUUUUUAGACCAUUUUAGUGAACAUUAUCACCCUGUGUCUAAAGCAAUCGGUCACCUAGCAACUGUCGACUGUCUGUUCUCAUUGGCCCAGGUGGCCAAACAAGGAGACUAUUGCAGACCGAUUCUGCAAGAUAGUCGUCAAGAAAUAAUUAUAAAAAAUGGGAGGCACCCUGUGAUUGAUGUACUGCUGGGGGAGCAGGAUCAGUAUGUUCCAAAUACCACUAACCUUUCAGGAGAUGGUGAAAGGGUGAUGAUAAUAACUGGACCCAACAUGGGAGGAAAGAGCUCCUAUAUAAAGCAAGUUGCAUUGAUCACAGUCAUGGCACAAAUUGGCUCUUACGUUCCUGCAGAGGAGUCAACAAUUGGUAUUGUGGAUGGUAUUUUUACCAGAAUGGGUGCGGCAGACAACAUUUACAAAGGACGAAGUACUUUUAUGGAAGAACUGACAGAUACUGCUGAGAUCAUAAGAAAAGCAACUUCAAGAUCCCUAGUAAUUUUGGAUGAAUUGGGAAGAGGAACCAGCACACACGAUGGAAUUGCUAUUGCUUAUGCUACACUUGAACAUUUUAUUAAGGAUGUGAAGUCACUGACACUGUUUGUCACUCACUAUCCCUCAGUUUGUGAGCUAGAGAAGAUGUAUCCAGAAAAAGUUGGUAAUUACCACAUGGCUUUCUUGGUCAAUGAGGAGGAAAGUGCUCAACAAAAAGGAUAUGGAGAUGAAGAGAAACCUGAAUUUAUCACUUUUCUUUAUCAAAUAACUAAAGGAGUCUCUGCAAGGAGUUAUGGGCUAAAUGUUGCCAAACUGGCAGAUAUUCCUGAAGAAAUCUUGAAGAAGGCAGCUCACAAAUCAAAGGAGUUAGAGAGAACAGUGAAUAUGAAAAGAAAAAAACUGAAGUCCUUUGCUGAAGUAUGGAAGAUAAAUGGUUCUCAGGAACUACAAAAAUGGAAAAGUAUGUGUGAACCUGAAGAUGAAAGAAAGGACAGUUAUUAAUCCUGAAAUCAUGCUUAACAAAGGAAAAUAUUGGGGAUGCAAAAUAUAGAUCUGGAGACUAAUAGAUCCUAUCAGGGUGUAGUUCUAGGUGCAUAAGUUCACUUUUCUGCCUUUGGAAAGAUAAAGAGGUGCUGCAUUGUGAUAU